AUGAUUCUCGCAAGGCGGAAAGUACCAGGCAUCCUCCUCCUCGGCCUCCCCAUCUCCAUCCUCCUCCUCCUCUUCUGGCACACCGACGGCCACCUCCCAACCCUCCCCUCUCGUCACAACACCCCAAAACCAGUCCACUACCAAACACCCUCGACAGAAACCUACUUCUGGAAGACCCUCAAAGUCCACAACCCGGCCCCCCUCCCCCUCCGUCCCCUCCCGACAUCCUCCCCCAUCCGCUUCCCUCAAAUCCAGGCCUCGACCUUCCCCCACACGACCUCCACCCGCGUCCGCGAGGAACGCAGACAAGCAGUAAAACAAACCUUCCAAAAAGCAUGGUCCGCCUACCGCGCCCACGCCUGGCUCGCCGACGAACUCGCCCCCGUGUCGGGCGGCACCCGCAACUCCUUCGGCGGCUGGGCCGCCACCCUCGUCGACUCCCUCGACACGCUCUGGAUCAUGGACAUGCGCGACGAAUUCUCCACGGCCGUGGCGGCCGCUGGACAGAUCGACUUCACAUCCACGGACCUCGGGGAGGUCAACGUCUUCGAGACCACCAUCCGCUACCUCGGCGGCUUCCUGUCCGCCUUCGACCUCAGCGCCGACGUCCGCCUGCUCCGCAAGGCCGUCGAGGUCGGCGAGAUGCUCUACAAGGCCUUCGACACGCCCAACCGCAUGCCCAUCACGCGGUGGAAGAUCGCCGACGCCAAGGCGGGUAAGGCGCAGACGACCCCCUCCAGCGAGCUCGUCGCGGAGAUUGGGAGUUUAUGUAUGGAGUUCACGCGGUUGUCCAUCCUCACGGGGGACCCGAAGUGGUUCGACGCCACGCAGCGCGUGAUGGAGAUCUUCGCCGCGCAACAAAACCGAACCCGGAUCCCGGGGUUAUUCCCGCUCGUCGUGGACCCCGAGAGGGAGGUCUUCUACGAAGGGGAAACCUUCACCCUCGGCGCCAUGGCGGACUCGGUGUACGAGUACCUCCCCAAGAUGUCCGCGCUCCUCGGGGGCCGCGAGGGGAUGUACCGCGCCAUGUGGGAAUCCGCAGCAGAGCCCGCCGUCCAACAUAACCUCUUCCGGCCCAUGACGCCCUCCGGCGCCGACAUCCUGAUCGCGGGGCAAGCGCACGCGAAAGACGCCGGCGUCGAGCUGGAGCCGCAGGGCCAGCACCUCGUCUGCUUCCUCGGCGGGCUCUUCGCGCUGGGCGGGAAACUGUUCAGCCGGGCCGCGGACCUCGACGUCGCGCGGAAGCUGGUGGACGGGUGCGUGUACGCGUACAAGUCCUUCCCGCACGGCAUCAUGCCCGAGACGUUCUACAUGGUCCCCUGCCCUUCCAAGUCCGAGUGUGCGUGGGACGAGAAGCUGUGGAAACGGCACGUGGUCUCGCGCUCCUCGAAAGAAGAUGCCGACGACGCGGACCAGAUCAUCAAAGACGAUAGACUCGUCGCGGGCUUCUCAUCGGUGCCGGACCGGCGGUACAUCCUGCGGCCGGAGGCGAUCGAGAGCGUGUUCGUGAUGUACCGGACGACGGGGGACGAGGCGCUGCUGGAGUCGGCGUGGGACAUGUUCGCGGCGAUCGACAACGCGACGAGCACGGAGCUGGCGAACACGGCGGUGUGGGAUGUGACGGUGGAAGGGAGGCCGCCGGCGAGCGACUCGAUGGAGUCGUUUUGGAUGGGGGAGACGUUGAAGUAUUUCUACCUCAUCUUUAGCGAGCCCGGGCUCGUGAGUCUGGAUGAGUUUGUGUUUAAUACGGAGGCGCACCCGUUUAGAAGGUGGAGGUGA